GAGGGCGGCGGCGUGACGAGGGACGAUGCUGAGCCGGCUUCAGGAGCUGCGCAAGGAGGAGGAAACGUUGCUGCGGCUGAAAGCGGCCCUGCACGACCAGCUCAACCGCCUCAAGGUUGAAGAGCUGGCUCUGCAAUCAAUGAUUAGUUCAAGAAGAGGGGAUGAGAUGCUGUCUUCUCAACCUGCACCUGAACAGUCACAAGAUAUGCUGGUGCAUGUAGACAAUGAAGCAUCAAUCAACCAAACUGCACUGGAGUUGAGCACAAGGACCUGUGUGACAGAAGAGGAGGAGGAGGAGGAAGAAUCAGACUCCUAAAAGGGGAAAACAGCCAGGGUGAAGUGCACGUCUGAAUGGGAGACAGGCAUGGGAAAGAGGCCCGAAAGCAACAUGGC